CAGGAUGGUGGCCCGGGUUUGUCACAAAGGCCACCAUGAGCACUUACUUCCAAUACCCCACUCCCGAGCUGCAAGAGGAGUUGCGCAAGAUUGCGAACGCCAUUGUGGCUCCCGGAAAAGGCAUCCUCGCCGCCGAUGAAUCCGUAGGGACCAUGGGCAAGCGUCUCCAGGACAUCGGAGUCGAGAACACCGAGGAGAACCGUCGCAAGUACCGUCAACUCCUAUUCAGCUCCGACCCGAGCUUAUCCGAGAACAUCUCCGGGGUGAUUUUGUUCCACGAGACUCUGUACCAGAAGACGGACGACGGUUCACCUCUAGUCUCUCUGUUGGAGAAGCGAGGCAUCAUCCCCGGCAUCAAAGUCGACAAGGGCGUCGUGCCGCUUUUCGGAUCUGAAGAUGAGUGCACCACCCAGGGUCUUGAUGAUUUGGCUCAGCGUUGCGCCCAAUAUAAGAAGGACGGUUGCCACUUCGCCAAGUGGCGUUGCGUGCUCAAGAUCGGCCGCUUCACCCCGUCCUACCAAGCUAUUAUGGAGAAUGCUAAUGUGCUCGCUCGUUAUGCUUCUAUCUGCCAGAGCCAGCGCAUAGUGCCUAUUGUAGAGCCUGAGGUCUUGCCCGAUGGUGAGCACGACUUGGACCGCGCGCAGAAGGUAACCGAAGUGGUCCUCGCUGCCGUGUACAAGGCGCUCAGCGACCACCACGUCUACCUCGAGGGAACUCUCCUGAAGCCCAACAUGGUCACCGCCGGUCAGAGCUGCAAGAAGACCUACACUCCACUGGACAUUGGCCGUGCCACUGUCACCGCUCUGCUCAGGACUGUACCCGCUGCCGUUCCUGGAGUCACAUUCCUCUCCGGUGGUCAGUCAGAAGAAGAAGCUUCCGUGAACCUGAACGCUAUCAACACGGUCGAUCUGAAGCGGCCGUGGGUGCUCACUUUCAGCUACGGACGCGCCUUACAGGCGUCUGUACUUCGCGCGUGGGCUGGCAAACCCGAGAACGUGCUUGCUGGACAACAGGAGCUCAUCAAGCGUGCCAAGGCUAACGGUCAGGCAUCGACGGGCAAGUACGUCGCCGGAUCCGUAUCAGGUGUGGGCGCUGAAGCCGGUCUUUUCGUUGCUAACCAUGCUUACUAAACUGACUACAAUGACCACUUUAAUUAUACCCUCGUGUUUGAUGACCUGCACCGUUAAAUACCUGACGUGGUUAACUUUUUGGGGGUCUUUUGGUGUGGUUUUAUCACCACUAUCACCUGACCCUUAAAAACCUGCAAGCAAAGUAGAUUUUUUGAAUAAAUCAAGGGUCUUGGUAUAAUAGCUAUUGGCCACUAUAUCUUAAACUGCGAGAUUGCAAGAAUAGAUAUUUUUAAAGAUGAUUAUGAAGGGUCUCAUUAAAGGGGUCAUGUCACGUUUUAGGUUAUCAGUUAGUAUACUUUUUUUUGGGAGCGA